AUGAUGAAGGAGGCUCGUUCCAACCUGUCCUGCAGGGAGACCUCAUUGAAGACUUCAGAUCCACCCUUCAUCAAAGAAGUGAUGGAGGUCCUGUUGUCAAGUAAGUUCAAAAAGCCUACCUUAGAAAGGUAUGAAGGUUCAACUGACCCGGUUAAUCACCUAGAUACCUUUAAGGUAUUAAUGCAACUACAAGGCGCACCAGAUGUUAUCAUGUGUCAUGUGUUUGCCGCUACCCUUAAAGGGAAUGCCAGGGCAUGGUACCGAACCCUAAAACCAAGAUCCAUCAAAUCCUUUUCAAAGAUGGAACAAAAAUUUGUUAGACACUUCAUCAACCGCCAUAGGAUGGCAAAGACCUCAGCUCAUCUCUUGAACCUGAUCCAAGGAGAAAGGGAAACGUUGAAAAAAUUCAUACAUCACUUCGUCGCUCCUACCUUAGAGAUUCGCAACUUGGAUCAUGGGGCAGUAUUGGCAGCCCUAACCACAGCCCUCCAACCUGAGGACUUCUUGCACUCCUUGGGGAAAAGGCCUCUGGCCAAUAUGGGGGAACUAAUGGCACGAGCACAGAAGUAUAUCAAUCUAGAAAAAGUAAUGGACACAAAAAGAGACCGAGUUGAUUUGAAAAAGAAAAAGCUCGAGGGAUAUGGAGGAGGCCUCCAAAACAAGGAAGAAGUCCUACACUCCUCUGAACGUCUCGCAAACCAAUGCCCUAGGGGGCUCUGA